UCUGGUUUACUGCAGCUCGCUGAGCAGCAGUGGUCGUGUGACAGCGGCUUCCUUGCAUUUGUUUAUUUCAACCGGGGAGCGAGAGAAUAAGGAGGAGGAAGGUAUCAGGCGCACACCGGUGCCGUGUCUCUCAUGCAGUUUUGAAGAAGACGCCCCCCACCCCCCCUCCUCCCUGCACCUGCUUCGCUUCGUCUUCUCGCCGUCUCUUAGGAGUUGAGCGCACGUCGCUUCUCAUUGUUUAGACCCCGCUUUGAGCAUGACUUCGGCGUACAACCUGGAUUUCCUCCCCCUCACCGAAAGUCGGUUAAUGACUUCGAGCGACACAAUCAACGGCAGCAAGAUGAACGGGUCGCUGGAACACUUGGACCAGCCAGACCCAGACUCCAUCAAGAUGUUUGUGGGACAGAUUCCACGUUCCUGGUCAGAAACAGAACUAAAAGAGCUUUUUGAGCCCUUCGGAGCUGUGCACCAGAUCAACAUCCUCCGUGAUCGUACUCAGAAUCCCCCUCAGAGCAAAGGAUGCUGUUUUGUAACUUUUUAUACAAGAAAAGCUGCACUGGAGGCCCAGAAUGCACUGCACAACAUAAAGACCUUAAGUGGGAUGCAUCAUCCUAUCCAGAUGAAACCCGCUGACAGCGAGAAAACCAGUGCGGUAGAAGACAGAAAACUCUUUAUCGGAAUGGUUUCGAAGAAAUACGGCGAGAAUGAGGUCAGGAUGAUGUUCUCGUCUUUCGGUCAGAUCGAAGAGUGCCGAAUCCUCCGGGGACCAGACGGUCAGAGCAGAGGCUGUGCGUUUGUCACAUUUGCUACCAGGGCAAUGGCACAGAAUGCAAUCAAAACCAUGCAUCACUCUCAAACUAUGGAGGGCUGUUCCUCACCUUUGGUGGUGAAGUUUGCCGACACACAGAGAGAUAAGGAGCAGCGGCGCCUGCAGCAACAACUAGUGCAGCAAAUUCAGCAGCUCAACAGCGCCUCCACUUGGGGGAACCUUGCUGGGCUGGGGAGCCUUACACCGCAGUACCUGGCUUUGCUGCAGCAGGCCACGUCUACCAGUAACCAAGGCAGUUUCAACGGCAUUCAGAGGCUAGGAGCGGGAGUGAAUCCACUUCAGCUGCAGAACUUGGCUACGUUGGCCGCCGCCGCGGCUGCAGCCCAGAGUUCUGGCAGCCCGACUUCCACCAACGCCCUGUCUGCAAACAGUGGAGCCCUGGGAGCUCUGGCCAGUCCAGGGUCGACAGCAGCGUCCAGCGCCGGUGCCGCCAUGAACACCUUGGCGUCUCUGGGCACCCUCCAGGGUCUCACUGGGACUUCUGUGGGCCUCAACAAUCUCAACGCUCUCACCAGCAGCGUCGGUAUGGGGGCCAUGAACGGUGGCCUGGGAGCCUCCAUGGCCAACGGGUCAGCGGCCAGCUCAAUGGACGCUCUGACCCAGGCCUACUCAGGGAUGCAGCAGUACACAGCCUCCGCCCUGCCCUCCCUCUACAGCCAGUCUCUCCUGCAGCAGAGCAUCGCAGGCAGCCAGAAGGAAGUAGGGCCAGAGGGCGCCAACCUGUUCAUCUACCACCUGCCCCAGGAGUUUGGGGACCAGGAUCUUCUGCAGAUGUUCAUGCCUUUUGGAAAUGUGGUCUCUGCCAAAGUCUUCAUUGACAAACAGACCAAUCUGAGCAAGUGCUUUGGGUUCGUCAGCUAUGACAAUCCUGUGUCUGCACAGGCCGCCAUCCAGGCCAUGAAUGGUUUCCAGAUCGGAAUGAAGAGGCUGAAGGUUCAGCUGAAGAGGUCCAAGAACGACAGCAAGCCCUACUGAUCCUAGCCCUGGGGUCCCCCCCCUCCCCAGCUCUAAUGCUAGCACUGCUAGG